UUCCACCAAACCGUUUUUAAAUGAGCUUGCUGGUUAUUUAGUAACAUCCAGAAACAACAACACCCGAGGUUGAAAAUGAGCUAAACUUUUUUUUAACAAACCAUCCUUUUAAGACAUUACAGGUCUUACAACCACAUCAUAGUGCAUUAUACCUGUCGGCUUUGGGUAAAGUGUUACCAACAAAUGUAGGUUAGAAAUUUACAGUGACUUAAAUGGACUUAUUUAGGACAGCAUUUAAAAAAAUAGUAAAUUAUGGCCCGUUUGUACAACAAUUUAGUAUUUUAAGACAUCUUGGACCCUGGGCUGUUUUUAGGACAGGAAUUUGUCAAAUGUUGGACCCAGCACACACCCAGUCAAGGCUAAGUUGGACUGUGGAAAACUUUGUAGGGGUCAUUGGAGGGGUAUUUUCUUACCCUCCUCCCUCCCACCUAAUACAUUCUCUCCUUCUAUUAAUACUCACCGUCUUCCCAUCUUUUCUUGGUUAUUGUGUUUGUUCCCAGACAUCCCAGAUGGAGCGUAUCAUUCUUCUGGAAUAUGCUGGCCCCACCAGUCUUGUGACUUAUUAAAUGAUUAUUGCAUCACCCUCAUCAAAAUGUUAUUGGCUGUAUAAGGCAGACCCCCUUGCAUCAUCACUCUGACAUGCCAAUCUCCACCUUUCCAACAACACUGAUCUCAGAACACUGCAUCAAUGAAAUGGGACUAUCACUCACUCUCUGGUCUUCCUUAAAAUAUAUCAGGUGGAUAGCUGUGAUUUAUCAUGAAGUGGGAGGUGUUUAUUUGCAUAUCCACUACUCAAGCAGAUGGAAGCCCUAUGGACAUAUUCAUUUCCUUUAAGCAUUAAAGUUUAACUGAGGUAGACCCCAGAGAACCCUGGCAACAGCGGUGGGAGGAGCAUAGUAACCUUAUCUGAUCCUGCUGCUGCUCCAGCCCUGUUUUAAAAAACCUGACAGGCAGAAUGACGUCCAGGCACCAGGAAGACAAUCUCUCCUGCCCCCUCUGUGGAAUUAUCUUCAACCAGCCCGUUGUGCUCUCCUGCAGACACAGGUUCUGUAAAACAUGCCUUCAAGACAGCUGGAGUACCCAGGACAGUGAGGACGACUGCCACUUCUGCCCUCUAUGCUGCAGACGUUCCUCCAUGAAUGAGAUUGUGGUAAACACCAUUCUGGAGAAGACCUGUGAGUCCUUCAGGAAGGAGAUGAGCAGCAGGAAAAACCCUAUGGGGUGUAAGGAACACGGAGAGACGCUCUCACUCUUCUGUCUGGACGAUCUGCAGCCCAUCUGUGUUGCAUGCCAGACGGUACACAAGGGGCACAGGCUCUACCCCAUUGGGGAAGGUGCACACGACUGUAAGGAGGAACUCAAGACCGCAUUGACCCCAUUGAAGGAGAAGCUGCAGCUGUUCAAGAAGGCUAUGGUCGUCUGUGAUCAAACGGCAGAGCACAUCAAGAACCAGGUUGAGCAUACUGAAAGGCAGAUAAAGGACGAGUUUGAAACCCUUCGCCAAUUCCUGAGAGAUGAGGAGGCAGCCAGAUUGAAUGCUCUGAAGGCAGAGGAGGAUCAGAAGAGUCUGCUUCUAAAGGAGAAGAUUGAGGAGAUGUCCAACGAACUGACGUCCCUCUCAAACACCAUCAGAACCGUAGAGCAAGAGAUGAGGUCUCAGGACAUCCCAUUCUUACAGAACUACAAGGAUAUCAUCAAGAGAACCUGGCAUAUGCCGCUGGAUCCAAAGAUGAUUCCUGGAACUCUGAUUGAUGUGGCAAAGCACCUGGGUUCUGUAAAGUUCAACAUCUGGGACAAGAUGAAGAGCAUCAUUCAAUAUACUCCUGUGACUCUGGACCCCAACACAGCCGCUAGCUGCUUCAUCCUGUCUGAGGAUCUGACUGUGGUCCAGUGCUGCUCCCAGGUCUUCAAGCUCCCAAACAACCCCGAGAGGUUUGACAUCAGUGCUGAGUUACUGGGCUCCGAGGGGUUCUGCUCUGGCCGUCACAGCUGGGAGGUAGAGGUAAAGGCUAACACAUACUGGGUGGUAGGCGUGGCCAGCGAGUCCAUCAACAGGAAGGGCAAGCACGUGCUGACGCCAGCCGAGGGCUUCUGGACUAUACGCUUCCGCAACGGCGAGCACAAGGCGUGCACGGCACCGUGGGCGCCCUUGACCAUGAUGAGGAAGGAGCCGCAGGUCAUCAGGGUGGUGUUGGACAUGGACAGGGGCAAGGUGACCUUCUUUGACCCUCGGGAGAGGACGCCCCUCUAUACAUUUACAGACCUCAUCUCACCCCGGGUGUUUCCGUACUUCUGCACUGCCUGUAAGGAACACCCACUGAGACUGCUGCCCGUCAGGCUGUCUGCUGCUGUGGUGCUCUAG